UCAGCUAGCUUUGUCUUUCUUGUUCAUUCUCAUUUUCUCUUUGUCGAAUUUGUACAGAAAUGAAGGGUCGAGAUUCCAUGUUGCUCAUCAUACUUUCACUUAUUUGUUCUGGAGCUUUUACUGUUUGUAAUGCCGUUGGGCCAAGAACAAACGGUGGGUUGAAGCAGAAUUUCUACCGCACAAGUUGCCCACAAGCUGAGCUGAUUGUGAGCAGAAUCAUGAGAAAUAGGGCUCAAAGCAACUCAGCUUUGAGUGCUAAACUCUUGAGGAUGCACUUUCAUGACUGUUUUGUUAGGGGAUGCGAUGCAUCGAUACUGUUAGAUGCUGUUGGAGAUACUUUUGCUGAGAAAGACACAAUCCCAAAUCACUCUCUGUCGGGUUACGAUGUCAUUGAUGAAAUUAAGACAGAACUUGAGAAUGUUUGUCCUGGAGUAGUUUCAUGUGCAGACAUUCUAGCUUUGGCUGCUCGUGAUGCUGUUUCCCUUCAGUUUAAUAGGCCUUUGUGGGCAGUUCCAACAGGAAGAAGAGAUGGAAAUGUUUCUCUUGCAUCUGACAUUGAGGCUAAUCUUCCAUCUCCAUUCUCAGACUUCGCCACUCUCUUGCAACUAUUUACCAACAAAGGUCUUGAUGUUAAUGAUCUAGUGGUUCUAUCAGGUGGACACACAUUAGGAGUCGCUCACUGUGCAACUUUCUCAAACAGGCUCUACAACUUCAAUGGCACUGAUGGAAGUGAUCCUUCUCUAGAUCCACAGUAUGCAGAAUUCUUGAAAACCCAAUGCCCUAAUCCAUUUGAUCCAGCAACUAUUGUGGAGAUAGAUCCUCAAAGCUCACUAAAAUUUGAUUCUAAUUUCUUCAAUAUCCUUCUCCAAAACAAAGGUCUUUUCCAAUCUGAUGCUGCACUUCUCCAGAAUGAACAAUCUGCCAGGAUAGUAAAACAACUGAAGAUAUCCAAUGCCUUUUUCGCCAAGUUUCCUAUUUCAAUGAAUAAAAUGGGAGCUAUGCAAGUUCUCACUGGAGAAGAUGGAGAGAUUAGGAAGAAUUGCCAUGUAAUAAAUCCUUAAAUUAAAGGCUUAAUUGUAAUAUUAAAGAUGUUAAUAAUUUUUAUGAUUAAUGAA